GACACGAGUAACACAGACAGAAACAUCUGCGAGUGUGGCACUGAACACACUUGUCUGUGGGGGAAACGAAAUGUGCAGCGGAUUGUUACUGUAACAAACAACAUUUCUUGUUUCAAUGUAUUUGUCUCAGGAAUAUAGUGAUGUGGAGACUCCUGUCGUGGAUGUUUGUGACAGCCAGUUUGCAUCAGGCCAGUUCCCAAAACUCCACAGACUCUCCUCUUAUGACCACAGAUUUGGACCCUUAUAACCGGAAUCGAUACUGCAAAUGGCCCUGUAAGUGCCACAAGAGUGCCCCUGUGUGUCCACCCGGGGUCAGCCUGCUGACAGACGGGUGUGACUGCUGCAAGGCCUGUGCCAAGCAGGUGGGGGAGACAUGUAAUGAGAGAGAUACCUGUGACUAUCAUAAAGGACUUUACUGUGACUACAGUGCUGACAAGCCAAGAUACGAAAAAGGAGUGUGUGCAUUUGUUAUGGGAACAGGCUGUGAAUAUAACGGUGUAAUCUACCAUAAUGGCAAAAGCUUCCAACCCAAUUGUAAGUACCGUUGUCUCUGUGUAAAUGGGGCGAUUGGGUGUGUGCACCUCUGUACUGAGUCCCAGCCACCCCGGGUAUGGUGUCAGUCACCCAAGCGAGUGAAAAUUCCAGGCCAGUGCUGCGAGAAAUGGAUCUGCGAAGAGUCCCGUAAACCGCGCAAGACCAACCCAAGACAUGCCCCUGAAGAGGUGUCUCUUACCACCAAUGAUAUUUGGGAUAAAAAUUGCAUUACCCAGACUACCCCAUGGAGUCCCUGUUCAAAGACUUGUGGGCGGGGCAUAUCCAUGCGCAUUUCUAAUGACAACGCUGAAUGUGUGAUGGAGAAAGAGAGUCGACUGUGUAAUCUCCGACCCUGUGAGGUGGACAUCACCAAGCACUUUAGACUGGGUAAAAAAUGCCUGAACAUCUAUCGUGAGCCAAAGUUUCAGAACUUUACCAUCUCAGGCUGCGUCAGUAAGAAGUCGUAUUGGCCAAAGUACUGUGGAGUCUGUACUGAUGAGCGCUGCUGCAUCCCCUACAAGUCCAAGACCAUUGAGGUGGAGUUUGAGUGUCCUAAUGGAUCUGUCUUUACCUGGAAAUACAUGUGGAUCAACGCCUGCUUCUGCAACCUCUCCUGCAGGAAUCCAAAUGAUAUCUUUGCAGAUCUGGAGCAAUACUAUGAGUUCAAUGAGAUUAUUAACUAAUACAUUAACAAAGAAUAAGAUACAAUCUUAAGAGUUGAGAUAGAGUCUAUCAAAGUGCAUCCAUGCUCAUACUGUGACAGUAUCAGUGAUUCAUUGCUUCACUUAAUUCAUAUGCUUUAUGGUACAGAAAAGACACUGUUACACAUAUUGAGAUGACUUGUAAGAGGAAAUGUUUGUUCAAACUGAAGGACAUUAUGGUACAAGAUGAUUUCUUAUGGAUGUAUGAAUGAAUUCAAUGUAUUCAAUUUAAAAAGUCCUGGGACUUUAAAAAUGUCCUGUGGCCUUUUUGCUACAAAUGUACAGUAAAGACUAUGCAAAGAUUCUUUAAUCUUUCAAAUUCUUUACAGACUGUCCACAUUAAAUUACAUUUUUGUUACAUUUUAUAUAUUUUUUGCUUGGAUAUGCAAAAUAUGUUACAAAUAUUUUAUUCGAAUGAUAUUUAUGGCUCUGUCAUGUAUAUUUGUAUGAAAAACAUACUAGAGAAAUGACAUUUAACUGUUUGUUAUUCAGCUAUAUAAUUGCCAAAA